AUGGCCCUCCUUUCAUUUAUUGUGAUCUCCCUCGGGAUACUGAUUGCGUCGACACAGGCCAGAGUAUAUCAAGGUAUCGAUGAAUUACCUGCCACGUCGCGCUUUGACUUCAUCAUCGCUGGAGGCGGCAACGCGGGCUCUGUCUUAGCUGGCCGGCUAACUGAAGACCCAAAAUUCACUGUCCUCCUUGUCGAGGCUGGGGAAGACAACGAUGGCGUUUUGCCGAUUCGUGUCCCGGGAGGGCGCAUACCACUAUCGUAUACCUGGAAUUACACCGUCACGCCACAGAUUGGCCUCAACAAUCGAACAUUUUAUUUCAUGAGAGGCAGGGUCCUUGGUGGAAGCUCCUCUAUCAACGGCAUGAUUUACACUCGUGGCGCGGCUGACGAUUACGACUUAUGGGCCAGAGUCACGGGAGACCGUGGCUGGAGCUGGAAGAGUCUCUUCCCGUAUGCGCUCAAGCACGAAGAGUUCACAGGCGGUGUCGGUGGCCGUGAUGUGACGGGCCAGUACGACCCUCGUGCUCAUGGGACCAAGGGCCCAGUCAAAGUCGGAUUGCCUUGGCGUGAACCGAUUGAGUUUGACAAUGUCUGUGUCGAAGCAGCGAAAUCCAGCCGCGAGUUCGGGUUCAACUUAGAUGUCAAUGAUGGUGGAGUACUGGGCCUUACCUGGAUCCACAAUACCUUCGGCGGAGGUGAACGAAGCAGCUCCGCCACUGCCUAUUUAACUAAAGAAGUUCGCGCUCGACCAAAUCUCAGCAUUCUAGUGAACACAUAUGUCACUCGUGUCCUUCCUACGGGCGACGACCUCGAUUUCAGAACGAUCGAAUUAGUCCCCGUCUCCGGAGGUAAUACCACCACGCUUACAGCAAAGAAAGAGGUCAUCCUGUCCGGCGGUACCGUUGGCUCUGCCCAUAUCCUUUUGAAUUCCGGUAUAGGUGACAGGGAGCACCUUUCUGAAGUCGGUGUUGAAACGAUCCAUCACCUCCCCGACGUUGGAAAAGGCUUGACUGACCAUGGUGUCACGCCUUUCAUGGCGCCGUCUAAUUUCCCCGUCGAACCGCCGCCUUUCGACUACGAGGAGGCCCUCCAGGAAUGGCAGCAGAACAAGACUGGCCCUCUCAGCGAGAGUGGGUUCCAGAAUCUAAUUCUCUGGUCUCGCAUCCCGCGCCGGUCACCUCUCUUCAAGAAAUACGAGGAUCCAGAAUCUGGUCCUGGCGCACCCCAUAUCGAGUACGCUCUGACUACCACAGGUGCCAUAACUGGAGCCCAGGUUUUCCUGAUGACCCCGCAUUCACGUGGUUCGAUUCGGCUACGAUCUAACAACACGCUCGACACCCCCUUGAUUGAUCUGGGGCUGCUAUCGCAUCCAUUCGACAUUCUCGCCUACAAGGAGGGGUACCGCAUCAUCAAGAAAUUCUACAACCUGCCCGCAUGGAAGGAUCACAUCACUGGUCCCUUUGAGAUAGACCCAGACAUACUGUCUGAUGAAGAGUUUGAGCAACGCAUCCGGAAUGGGCUGCAAUCAGCCCUGCACCCCGUUGGAACAGCUGCGAUGUCAUCCAAGCGGUCUAAGAAGGGAGUCGUUGACCCGGAGUUGCGCGUCAAGGGCGUCAAAGGCCUGCGCGUUGUCGAUGCGUCGGUGAUCCCCUACGUCCCAACUGCUCAUACACAGGCGCCUGUCUACAUUCUGGCAGAACGUGCAGUCGAUAUCAUUCGUUCAGUUUGGCUGUAA